CCCCUUUAAAUCCUGCGGAUGACGUCAGCGCCUCGGUUUACUUGCUUUGUUUGUCUCGCGGAGCCGCUUUGGCUUCAGACUAAAAACAAGAGGACGACCGGAGACGUUCAACCGGACAAAACCCCUUCCAGCCGCGUUAUUGAGCAGUUAUACGGCACGUUCAUUAGGUUGUAACGGUGUUAUAACUCAGACAGAGAUGCCGUCCGACAGACCCUUCAAACAAAGGAGGACAUUUGCCGACCGGUGCAAAGAGGUCCAGCAGAUCCGCGAUCAGCACCCCAACAAGAUCCCUGUCAUCAUCGAGAGAUAUAAGGGAGAGAAGCAGCUCCCUGUUCUGGACAAAACCAAGUUCCUGGUUCCCGACCACGUCAACAUGAGCGAGCUGGUUAAGAUCAUCAGGUACACACACACACACACACAGUUAGCCUAA